CACCUGGAUGUGUUCUUUUUGUCUUUUUCAUCUUUAGAAUGCGGAGGGCAACCAGAGUGCGGUCAAGCCCCUCUCAACAAUGGCAAUCCGGGGGCCACCCCAGGUGCGUGGCCCUGGCAGGUCAGCCUGCACAGCUCUGGGGGCCACUUCUGCUCGGGGUUGCUCAUUACCGACGAGUGGGUGCUGUCAGCCGCGCACUGCUUUAGCACCGGAAGCACCUUCUUCGACGGAACCCAGAGCUGGUUCACCGGAUGGUGGGACGUCACCUCGGGAGUUUCUCCACCGCCUCCCGGGUCCUUGACGGAGGUGGAGGCUCCCGUUGUAGGAAACCGCCAGUGCGACUGCGACCGCACGCAGAUCACGAUCACAGACAACAUGAUUUGUGCUGGCCUGAUGGCUGGAGGAGAGGACGCCUGUCAGGCUUGGAUCAGCAGCCACACGGGCAAUAGCAACAGCUUGCCAGGCUUCGUCAGCUUCAUGUCCGUGGGCACUGAUCCAGACUUGCAGCGGCACGACUCCUGUGAAUUGCCCCGUCCUCUCAUGUGGCCCCAUCGUGUGCCCCUCCUGCUCUUGCCCUUCCCCGAUCACAAUUUGGUCCAGCAGCACCAGCACUGGCCCGCAACCAAAUGUUCUUCACCUGUGACAGCGUUUCUGGGUCGUCAGAGCCAGCUGGGUUUCAAUCCGAACCAGGUCGUCCGCUUUGUGGUGGAAACCAUCAUCCAUCCUGCCUACAACCCGAUCACUUUUGACAACGAUAUGGCGCUGUUGAGGCUUUCCUCGCCCGUUGAGGCUGUCCCACCCGUGCCCUUCAACGACUUCAUCAGGCCCAUCUGCCUGGCCGCCAGCGGAAGCACCUUCUUCACCGGAACCGUGAGCUGGGUCACCGGCUGGGGGAACAUUGGCCAGGGAGUUCCUCUACCGCCACCGCAGAACCUUAUGGAAGUUCAGGUUCCUGUGGUCGGGAACCGCCAAUGCGAGUGCAAAUAUGGCGGAGGAGUCAUCACCGACAACAUGAUUUGUGCCGGGCUGAGUGAGGGUGGAAAAGACGCCUGUCAGGGUGAUUCUGGCGGUCCCAUGAUGAGCAAGCAAGGAUCUGUGUGGGUGCUGAGCGGGCUCGUGAGCUUUGGGAGAGGUUGCGCUUUGCCAGAUUUUCCGGGCGUUUACACGCGGGUGUCCAGGUACGAGGCAUGGAUCAGGAGCCACACGAGCGACGGCAACUUGCCAGGCUUCGUCAGCUUCUUCUCCGCGGGCACUGACCCAGACCUGUUUUUUUACUGUCCCAACACUACCCCGUCGUCCCCUUCCACCACCCCCUACACCACC